AUGGCUCGCAUGGUGUCGGCUAGCCUCAACAAGGGGCUCAUCGCCUACAAUUCGAUCCUGGCGUCCCUCUGGAUGCUUGUGCUUUUCAUCACCGUCGUUCUCGGCGGCCUCGGCGGCCAGCCGUUGCUCUUCGACAAGACGUCGUGGGUGUUGAUCGCCGUGCAACUGUUGGCGAUUAUCGAGGUCUACAACGCCGCCACCGGUAUAGUGAGACUGCCGAUCUUCACCACGGCGAUGCAAGUGGCGCUGCGGUUGUUGAUUGUGUGGGGGAUUUGCUACUUCAACAAGUCGCUGCCGGCGAACCGGCUGGUGGCCUACAUCACGUUGACGUUGGCGUGGUCGGUGACGGAGAUCAUCCGCUACCUGUACUACGCCCACCACUUGAGAGACCCUCAGCAUGUGCCGCGGUGGUUGUUGUGGUUGCGUUAUACUACUUUCUACGUGUUGUACCCGUUGGGGGUGGCGUCGGAAUGCUACAUGAUCUGGGCCACUAUCCCCUACGUUGGCACUGCCACUAAGGCGUUGUUCUGGGUGGUGUUGCUUGCCUACAUUCCUGGGUUUUACACGUUGUUCACUUACAUGAUCAAGCAACGUAAGAAGGCGUUGAACAAGGAAAAGGAAUACUAA